AUGAAAAAGCUUGAAUUAACUCUAAAUGAAAACGGUGGCACCGGACAAGGUAUCAUUCGUUUUGAUGGCGGAGAGACAGAAUUGCUUGUCCGCAUACCUGUUGGCACUAAUUUUCACAAUGCUGAUGUCAGCAUCAUCACGAAUAUGCCUGAGGAGAGUAAUUUUAAGCCAAUCAAGGAGUUUAGGAUCAUGGAAGACUAUGUGUUCUCUUCAAUCCUCAAAUAUCCAGGUAAAUGGUACUUACAAUUGAAAUUAAAUUCAAAUGAAGGUCCAAAAGUCCAUUAUAUCAUCGAUCCGAUUAUCACCAUUAAUGGCAAAAAGCUAACUCCAAGUGCAUUAAACAUUCAAACGAACUAUGCUCGUUGCAUUGGAAAACUUGAGGACUGGGUGAAGAAUCUUAAGGUUAUAGCAGAUGAAGGCUAUAAUAUUGUUCAUCUCCCACCAUUUGCCAAUUGUCAAAAUAGUUCUCUUUACUCUAUUUCCGACUUUUUAUCAAUAUCCGACGAAAUUACAUCAGCACCACCUGAAAAACGCUGGCAAGUUCUCGGCGAUACCCUUAAGGAUGUCGAGAAGAAGCUAAAUCUCGGUUUCAUGGUCGACGUUGUUUUGAAUCAUUUAAGAGUUCAAAGUACGAUCAUUGAUGCUCAUCCGGAGUGGGCGUAUACAGAAGAGACAGCUCCAUGGUUGUCCACAGCCAUGUUAGUUGACGAUAUCGUUUACAAAGCCUCUCAAUUAAUUGACCAAACAAGAUUAAAUGAUUUUGAAGGCACAAAGAAUUAUCUCUCCGAUGUAUUAUUUAAGAGCGAGCUGAGCAAGCUUUACCUUAUCGACGUUGACCAUUAUAUUUCAACAUUAAGCAAAUAUCGCACUAUAGACCUUUCUAAGACAGAUUUGAUUCUUAGAUUACGUGCAAAGAACUAUACUGAGCAACAGAAGGUUAAUUACAUACUUUCCAAAGGAAUUAAUGGAAAUAAAAUUGAUUAUAACAUUGCUGCAGCUCUUUACUGGGGAACAGGCGAAAAACUCAGUAAAACAUCAUUGGAAGAAUUAGAAAAGGCUCUUAAAUUCAUUAAUGAGUCAUUAAUCGAGAAAUUCAAGAAAUUAUGCGAUACAAUUGCAACAAAUGAUGCCAACUGGCUCAAGAACAACAAACAAGCACGUAGAUUAUUCAGUAUACACAACAUUAAUGGAAAAACCCUUCAUUACGCUUGCAAUGGAUAUAUUCUUCGUCCUCACACCAAAAUUAACCUUGCUGGACCAAACUCCGACGUUUACCUUACAAGAGAGUUGAACUCUUGGCAGUCAACUGUCAAACUACGCUACGGAACUCAGAGAUCUGACAAUCCAGAACUCUGGGACUAUACAACAGAGUACGCCACACGUGUUGCAAAAAUCGCUCAUGCCAUAAGGAUCGAUAAUGCCCAUGCAACUCCUGUCGAAGUCGUUGAACAUAUCAUAAAAUCCAUCAGAAAGGUCAAUCCCAACAUUUACAUCAUGCCAGAACUGUUCAGUACCGGUGAAGAUGAGGAUAUCGAGAUAAUCCAGCGAUUAGGAAUCAACGGAUUCAUGAGAGAAGGUUGUCAUAACCAAUCUGCCGAACAAAUGGGCAGUUUGAUCACAAGAUCAGGUGGUGGAAGAGUCGGAGAUGUUUCGCAAUUAACAGUUAACAACAUUCAUCCAACAGAUAAAAUACCAGCGGUUAUAUUCGAUCUUACGCAUGAUAACAACAUCAAUGAUGUAAAGGAUAGGUUGUUAUUGAUGGCUCCGAUCGCAAUGAGCGCUUCUCCAAUUGCUUCAACGCGUGGAUUUGAUAAUUUAUUAGAUUUCAAUCCAAGUUGCGUCACAGAGCAUCGUUUGUAUCCUACAGAAACACCUGCUCUAUCCAAAGUACGCAAAGAAUUGAACGAACUCCAUACAUCUUUGGCAUCUUCAGCAAAUGACUUGUUCUACCGAACGUUCGGGGACAUUUUGACCAUUUUAAGAGCCGACAAGACAGGAAAAGGCGUCUGGAUGAUUGUCAGGUUCAAUACUCAGCUUGAAACUCCAGAUCAUAUUCCAUUACCGACAACCGAAAUGAAGAAACGCUUUGAAUAUCGCUUAGAAAACAUUGUUCUCAGCAAAGAAAUGAAAAAUGGAAAUUGUAAAUUAAUUGAGAACGAAAAUACGGUUUUCAUUGAAAAUAAUUUGUUGAGAGUCGAUAGAAUGGUCGGUGGAACAGUUGCUUUAUUCGAUGUUGGAAUUUCAAAUGUAACCUCACAAAUAAUUGAGAGAGUUUCCUCAAAAACAUUUUCAACCGAAGUUUCAACAAGAUUACAGUAUUUAUCACUUACAGACCUUAAUUACUUACUUUACAGGAGUGAGUCUGAGGAGUAUGAUACUGUUGGCGCUGGCGCCUACCACUUCGACGACUACGGAACCACGUUUUACUGUGGAAUUGACGGAGUUGUCAGAGCUAUUGAGAGAUGCUCAACAACGAUCAAAGGAAUGGAUCAUCCUUUGUUCAAGAAUAUCGUCCAGGGUGACUGGCUCAUGGAAUAUACCACAAAAAGACUGAGAGUUGACAAUUUAAGUAAAUUUUCUUUAUUCUUACAGACGAUUUUCAACAAACUCAAGAAUAUUCCUCGCUACUUGCUGCCUCUCUACCUCUACAUGACACUCAAAACCAUCAAUGGCGUUGCAAAAGAGGUUAUUUACUCUAAAAUGGCAACAUGGAUUGUAGAUGGCGAUGAUUUCAUCAAGAACCUCGCAUGUGCAACUGUUGCCUUCCACGGAGUAUCGAAAUCAGCACCUUUAGUCGAUAAAGAGAUCAAUGAUAAAUAUAAUAUCAUCCAAAACGGCUGGAAUGCAUCUCUCGCUGCCGGGUUACCGCACUUCUCUACAGAUUUCAUGAGAAACUGGGGCAGAGAUACGUUCAUUGCGUUCAGAGGAUUAUUCCUUGUCACAGGAAGGUACGAGGAUGCCAAGAACUACUUAGUUGCAUACGCGUCAGUAUUACGACAUGGUUUAAUUCCGAAUUUACUCGAUAGCUGCAGGAAUCCGAGGUAUAAUGCAAGAGAUGCCUGUUGGUUCUUCUUACAAUCGGUUCAGGACUACUACGACAUGGCCCCUGAUGGUCCAGAAGUCCUCAACUUGUCAGUAAAGAUGAUAUUCCCAAGCGAUCUCCACAGAGUCGACAGAGUUCGCAAAGAAAAGAUGAUAGACGUCAUUAUCGAGAUAUUACAGAGACACGCGAACGGUAUCCACUUCAGAGAAUGGAACGCUGGCUCUCAAAUCGAUUCUGACAUGUCAGAAAACGGUUUUAACGUUGAUGUUGUGACUGACUUUUCUACCGGAUUCGUAAUUGGCGGCAAUGCGCAGAACUGCGGAACAUGGAUGGACAAGAACGGGUCCAGCGAGCUUGCCGGCAAUAAAGGAAUCCCUGGUUCGCCAAGAGAUGGUGCUGAUGUUGAAAUUAUUGGAUUAUUAGCUUCAGUACUUAAGUGGCUGGCCAAACUGUAUACGGAAAAGGUCAUCAAAGUAGAAGGUGUCAACGUUAGCGGUAAAACAAUUACAUGGAAAUACUGGCAUUCUCUUAUUAUCGCAAAUUUCGAACAGUACUUUUACAUUCCAAGCAAUCCAAAGCACGACAGCGUAUACGCAAUCGAUAGCGAUUUAGUCAUUGUACGUGGAAUCUACAAAGAUACUGUUGGAAGCUCGAAUCCAGGCCAUGAUUACAGAUUCCGUCCGAAUUUCUUAAUUGCUAUGACUGUUGCUCCUGAGAUCUUCGAUCAGGUUCACGCAGUCCGUGCAAUUGAGAUGGCGGAGAAACAUCUCUGCGGAAAGAUCGGAAUGAGAACUCUUUACAAAGGCGACAGCUAUUACAGACCACGCUACGAGAAUUCCAACGACACAAACGACUUCUUUACGUCCAAAGGCUACUGUUACCACAACGGACCAGAAUGGGUCUGGUUAACAGGCUAUUUCUUCAGGGCAUCGCUCAGAUUCCGCAGAGGAUUCACAGACAGGAUGAAGAGAAUGCUCGCCGAGAUGAAGGGAUGGCUAAACAGAAGCAUAACAGGCGGAUUACCUGAAUUGACGCAGGCAGAUGGAGAAGUUUGCACAGAAGGAUGUCCAAUGCAGGCGUGGAGUGUUGGCUGCACUCUUGAGAUGCUGUUUGAUUACUCUUUCUUCAAAGAAGAAGAUACUUUCAACUGGGGUGAAUAUAUCGACGAUUCAUCUGAUGUUGAAGAAUCUCAAAACUAA